CUUUCAGCAUAUCUGGAACAGUGGAAGGGCGGUGCGGCACAUACCAGCAGCUCUGUCUGGGUCUAUUUUGUAUGACCGGACAAACCAGAAUAAAGUCUUACACUUGGGUUAGUUAGAGAAGCUACUUUUUCAAUUAAGAAUAGAAGUGCAACUCCUCCACAACUUUGGACCGUUGGCUUCCUGAACACACCCCAGUGCUGCACAACGGCACUUUGAUCAGGGAGUCAAACCUCAAUCUGUCCAUCAUCACGGACUGACUGCACCUACUAACUGCAGGAUGCCAUUAGGAGGAGGAAACAAGUGUGGCCGCUGCCUGAAGACAGUUUACUUUGCAGAGGAGGUUCUUUGUGAUGGGCGGAGCUUCCACAAGUCCUGCUUCCUGUGCAUGGUGUGUGGGAAGAAUUUGGACAGCACAACUGUUGCUGUUCAUAUGGAUGAAAUCUACUGCAAGGCCUGCUACGGCAAGAAGUAUGGACCAAAAGGCUACGGUUAUGGGCAGGGAGCAGGGACCCUCAGCAUGGACAAGGGAGAGUCUCUGGGUAUUACACAUGAAGAACCUGCUCCUCAUCGUUCCACCAGCAACCCACAUCCAUCCAAGCUCGCUCAGAAGUUUGGCGGGUCAGACAAAUGCCCUCGCUGUGGCAAGGCUGUCUACGCUGCUGAGAAAGUGACUGGAGCUGGGAGUGCAUGGCACAAGAAUGGAUGUUUCACCUGUGCCACAUGUAGGAAGAGCCUUGAGUCAACCACACUAGCGGACAAGGAUGGAGAAAUCUACUGCAAGGGUUGUUAUGCCAAAAACUUCGGUCCCAAGGGGUUUGGGUACGGGAUUGGAGCCGGGGCGCUGGCGCACACCCAGUGAAGAGCACAGAGAAGUUCGUUGACAGGUUUCCAGAAUGCUGCACUACUGUGUUCAUCCUGCAGGGGGCAGACUGCUGCCAGGAAACGUGCAAACACACAUUAAAACUGCACAGUGGAAAUGAUAUCACCGUCUUAGUCACAUAUAGGUCAAAGGUGAUUUACUAGUGCAGUUACAGUAAAUCCUGAUACAUAAGCCACACUUAAUACUGAAACAUUAUCUGUUUAACGCUGCAUUGUUCAUUUGCACUCUGCUGUAGUUGAAUUUUAUCACCCUCUCCUUAAUGAGGCUGUUGAAUGAAACCUCAGCAAUAUAAUACGGUAAAUGCUGCUUGUUUGUAUGGUGUGCUUUCCAAAUGAUAAGAAAUAAAAUGGAAAAGAUAAAGAUUUUAGGGCCAGUUUUUGUUAUUUGCUAUAAAAAUUACAUUAAAACCUGUGAGUGAAACUGUG